AUGUCUAUCUAUCUAUCUAUUCCAUUUUUACCAAAGAAAUGGAUGGUUGCUCAGGUUUACAUUGUCUGUGAGGAAGAGGAUCAUCAUCAUCAUUCUGACGAGACCCCGAUCUCAUCCAAAGGUAUUUGUUUAGGUCUGUCUUCUACUAUUAGAGGAAGGGAACUUGGUGAUCAACCAACAACCUCAUCAUCAUCAACAUUAACAUCACCAACAUUAACAUCAACAUCAUCAGCAUUUGUAUUAAAUGAAUCAGAAAUUCAAUUAUCAGAUAAUGAAAGAGUAGAAUUAAUGUUGGCACCAAUCUAUCAAGUAGACUUGGUCAUGGAGUUUUUAAAUAGUGACACAUUGAUUAAAAAAGGUUUAAUGGAAUUGAAAAAUCAUUUAAAACAUACAACAUUUACAGGGGAAUUUUUAAGAAAAGGAGGAUUAAAUAUUUUACAAUCAAUCAUUAUGGAUCAAGUAGGAAAUACUCUUUCCUAUUCAUUGGGUGUUUUUGAAUUAAUUUUAAAGUCUCCUGAAUUUGAUUGGUCACAGCUAUCAAUCAAAAUUGUUGAAAAAAUAGUUACUCUUUUUGAUCAUAAUAGUAUUAAUAUUAGUAAUCCUGCUUUAAAAAUAGCGGUAUGUCAAACAAAAAUAGAAUAA